UAAGCGCCCGUAGUAUCAUUUGAGCAAAGGAAUAGAGAACAUAGUCAUUACUCACACUGGAAUCGGAUACAAAAAAGUUGAAUAUAGUGCGAUAAACUUCAAGAUCAACCAGGAUUAACUAGUUUUACGUAGAUUUAAUAAGUACACGAGGGAAGAGUGACCUGUGGUUUGUGAUAAUAGGAAAUAAUCGAUUUGGAUAUAGCAAGUGGCCACGAUGAAGCUGUUAAUUCCAAUGGCCCUGGUGGCCGCACUGGCCGUACUAAGUUGUACUGCCGAGGAGAAGAAGGAACAGGACUACGGAACAGUGGUCGGUAUCGAUCUGGGAACCACCUAUUCUUGUGUGGGUGUGUACAAGAACGGUCGUGUGGAGAUUAUCGCUAACGAUCAGGGUAACCGUAUCACUCCAUCGUACGUGGCCUUUACUGCCGAUGGCGAGCGUCUGAUUGGCGAUGCCGCCAAGAACCAGCUGACAACCAAUCCGGAGAACACCGUUUUCGACGCUAAGCGUUUGAUUGGUCGGGAAUUUACCGACGCAACCGUUCAGCAUGAUCUGAAGCUGUUCCCGUUCAAGGUGAUAGAGAAGAACUCCAAGCCACACAUUAAGGUGGCAACUAGCCAGGGCGAUAAAGUAUUCGCCCCGGAGGAAAUCUCUGCUAUGGUUUUGGGCAAGAUGAAGGAAACUGCAGAGUCAUAUCUGGGCAAGAAGGUAACUCAUGCUGUCGUCACAGUACCAGCGUACUUUAAUGACGCUCAACGUCAAGCUACCAAGGAUGCGGGUACUAUAGCCGGACUGAACGUGAUGCGCAUCAUCAAUGAACCUACCGCUGCUGCUAUCGCUUACGGCUUGGACAAGAAGGAUGGUGAAAAGAACGUUCUGGUGUUUGAUCUGGGCGGUGGCACCUUCGAUGUGUCUCUGCUAACAAUUGACAAUGGUGUGUUUGAGGUCGUUGCCACCAACGGAGACACUCACUUGGGUGGUGAAGAUUUUGAUCAGCGUGUUAUGGAUCACUUUAUUAAACUGUACAAGAAAAAGAAGGGCAAGGAUAUCCGUAAAGACGUUCGUGCUGUCCAGAAGCUGCGUCGUGAAGUCGAAAAGGCGAAGCGUGCUCUAUCUUCCAGCCACCAGGUUCGCAUUGAAAUCGAAUCAUUCUUCGAAGGUGAUGACUUCAGUGAGACUCUCACCCGCGCCAAGUUCGAAGAGUUGAACAUGGAUUUGUUCCGUUCCACCAUGAAGCCAGUGCAGAAAGUCUUGGAGGAUGCUGACAUGAAUAAGAAGGAUGUUGAUGAGAUCGUGUUGGUUGGUGGAUCGACUCGUAUCCCGAAGGUGCAGCAACUAGUGAAGGAGUUCUUUAACGGCAAGGAACCAUCUCGCGGUAUCAAUCCGGAUGAAGCUGUUGCUUACGGAGCCGCUGUCCAGGCUGGUGUACUUUCAGGUGAACAAGACACGGAAGCCAUUGUUUUACUGGACGUUAACCCUCUCACCAUGGGCAUUGAAACCGUCGGAGGUGUCAUGACCAAACUGAUUCCACGUAAUACUGUUAUUCCAACCAAGAAAUCCCAGAUCUUCUCCACAGCUUCCGAUAAUCAGCAUACAGUCACGAUUCAGGUAUACGAAGGUGAACGUCCAAUGACCAAAGAUAACCAUUUGCUUGGCAAGUUUGAUCUGACGGGCAUUCCACCAGCACCGCGAGGUAUUCCGCAGAUCGAAGUAUCGUUCGAAAUCGAUGCCAACGGUAUCCUGCAGGUGUCGGCCGAAGAUAAGGGAACUGGAAACCGUGAAAAGAUCGUCAUUACUAACGAUCAGAACCGCCUUACACCAGACGACAUCGAUCGGAUGAUCAAGGAUGCUGAGCGGUUUGCCGAUGACGACAAGAAACUGAAAGAACGCGUUGAAGCUCGCAACGAACUGGAGAGCUACGCCUACAGUCUGAAGAAUCAACUGUCGGACAAGGAUAAGCUUGGCGCAAAGGUUUCCGAGGACGACAAAACCAAAAUGGAGGAAGCCAUCGACGAGAAGAUUAAGUGGCUUGAUGAGAAUCAGGAUGCUGAGGCGGAGAAGUACAAAACGCAGAAAAAGGAACUCGAGGACGUUGUUCAACCAAUCAUUGCUAAACUGUAUGCCAGCAGUGGUGGUACUCCACCACCAGCAGGCGGUGAUGAUGACGAACUCAAGGAUGAGCUGUAAGAGUUUCAGCAUGGCAAAAACCACUGUCCCUUGCUGUUCUAGUUAUAUUGCUUCCUUGUGGAUCGACUCGGUACACAAGAGCGAUGGAUCGAGAUAAGUUCUAGUUCACGUACUAUAACAGAAUAGAAGACAGUUGCACAGUGAGAGCGAGCGUAGAUCGUGUGUUCGUGAGAUCCUUAGGUUCUCAUCUUAUUUUUCAGAUGAGAUAAACACAAGUUUAACGUAAAGGAAAACUAAAUGUUACAUAAAAAAAACAAGACAUCCAUUCGUCUAAUUUAUUACUUUUGUUUGUAUACUUUAAGUAAUCUGAGAGAGAAAAGAUUUGCUAUUGUUCAUCUUAGCAAUAUUUGGUCAUGAAUUGAGAAGUCCUGUUGCAGGGGGUUCUCUUUGUACUUUAUAUUCGUUCUUUGCUUUUCUCGUCAUUGACUGAUUGUAUGUAAGUGUGUAAGAUUUAUCUCCAAACAAAGUAGCAGGAAAAUCUAGGAUACAAAUCGCGUUCUAAAUAAAGAACAAGAACAAAAAUGAAAACAAGAUAACAAAACCGUACUAGAUGAAUCAAUAAAGUUUUAUAACGAAAAAAAUAAAAUACAUGUUUACGAAAGAAA